AGCUGUUGCUGUUGCUGACAAGAGGAAGAGGAAGGGGCGGAGCUGCUUGCGGCUGACUGCUGAGCAAUCAGCCGACUUAGAGAGAAGGGUAAUCGGGUGUCCCCAGCGCCUCCCGGGCCCUGAGGGCCGGCCAGGGUCAGACAGGCGAGCCAGCCCUGUCCAGGAACCCUGGCAAUGCCCCGCCACGGAGUGUCACCGGUCCAAAGCCACUCCGGAUCUGGCUGGGGGCGGGGACUGGACAGGUCCUUGGGGGCCCCCAACCGAGGACUCCUUUGGAUGGGCCUGGGCCUGACGCUGGCCCUGGCUCUGGGUGACUCCCUGUUUCUUGGGGCCCCCGCCGAAGCCCACCCUCUUCCUGCCCACGGCCAUCCUGCGCGGUUCAAUGGCAUAGCGCCCCAGCUCCGGAAUGCUCUGGGGUGGUGGAACCUCACCUGCCCCAUGUGCAAAGGCCUUUUCACCGCCAUCAACUUCGGGCUGAAGAAGGAGCCCAAUGUGGCACGGGUGGGCUCCGUGGCCAUCAAGGUGUGUAAUCUGCUGAAGAUAGCACCGCCCGCUGUGUGCCAGUCAGCCGUCCACCUCUUUGAGGACGAUGUGGUAGAGGUGUGGACGCGCUCGGUGCUGAGCCCCUCGGAAGCCUGUGGCCUGCUCCUGGGCUCCAGCUGCGGGCACUGGGACAUCUUCUCCUCCUGGAACAUCUCUUUGCCUGCAGUGCCGAAACCACCCCCCAAGCCGCCCAGCCCUCCAGCCCCAGGCGCCCCCAUUAGCCGCAUCCUCUUCCUCACUGACCUGCACUGGGAUCAUGACUACCUGGAGGGCACGGACCCUGACUGUGCAGACCCACUGUGUUGCCGCCGCGGCUCUGGCCUGCCCCCUGCCUCUCAGCCAGGUGCUGGAUACUGGGGCGAGUACAGCAAGUGUGACCUGCCCCUGCGGACCCUGGAGAGCCUGCUGAGUGGGGUAGGCCGAGCAGGCCCGUUUGAUAUGGUGUACUGGACAGGGGACAUCCCAGCCCAUGACGUCUGGCAGCAGUCUCGUCAGGACCAGUUGCGGGCCCUGAACACCAUCACAGCCCUCGUGAGGAAGUUCUUGGGGCCAGUGCCAGUGUACCCUGCUGUGGGCAACCACGAGAGCACACCCGUCAACAGCUUCCCACCUCCCUUCAUAGAGGGCAACCACUCUUCCCGCUGGCUCUAUGAGGCAAUGGCCAAGGCAUGGGAGCCCUGGCUACCUGCUGAAGCCCUUCGCACCCUCAGAAUUGGGGGGUUCUAUGCCCUUUCCCCACGCCCGGGUCUCCGCCUCAUCUCUCUCAAUAUGAAUUUUUGUUCCCGUGAGAACUUCUGGCUCUUGAUCAACUCCACAGAUCCCGCCGGACAGCUCCAGUGGCUGGUGGGGGAGCUUCAGGCUGCUGAGGAUCGAGGAGACAAAGUGCACAUCAUUGGCCACAUUCCCCCAGGGCACUGCCUGAAAAGCUGGAGCUGGAAUUAUUAUCGAAUUGUAGCCAGGUAUGAGAGCACUCUGGCUGGUCAGUUCUUUGGCCACACUCAUGUGGACGAGUUUGAGGUCUUCUAUGACGAAGAGACUCUCAGCCGGCCGCUGGCUGUAGCCUUCUUGGCACCCAGUGCCACCACCUACAUCGGCCUUAAUCCUGGUUACCGCGUCUACCAGAUAGAUGGCAACUACUCCGGGAGCUCUCACGUGGUCCUGGACCAUGAGACCUACAUCCUCAACCUGACACAGGCAAAUGAACCGGGAGCCACGCCGCACUGGCAACGCCUCUAUAGGGCUCGAGAAACCUACGGGCUGCCCAACGCGCUGCCUGCCGCCUGGCACGACCUAGUGUACCGCAUGCGGGGUGACACACGACUCUUCCAGACCUUCUGGUUUCUCUACCAUAAGGGUCACCCGCCCUCGGAGCCCUGCGGCGCGCCCUGCCGCCUCGCUACUCUCUGCGCGCAGCUCUCGGCCCGCUCAGACAGCCCUGCUCUGUGCCGCCACCUGGUGCCAGAUGAGCGUCACCAAGACGUCCAGAGCCUGUGGCCGCGGCCACUGUUCUGCUAAGGGUCCCAACCCCCAGAGCUGGGAAAGUUCACGUCUUAGGAAAGGAGCGAAAGCCCCAGUGUCGCUGAGAUUCAGCUCUGCAAGAAUGUGCGGUGGAGCCCGUCCCCGGCCGGAAGUACGCCGGAGAAACAGGCCCUUCUCUCCUGGAGCUGGUUUAGCUGGAUAUGGGUGGAGACUGCUCUGCCCGUGCUCGCCAUCCGAUUGCCCUGCGGCUGCCACCUGUUCAUGGUCAUGGAGCUCAGGCUUAGGUUGACUCUGUGCUGGGCACACCAGACAGGAGCCCUGCACUGCUGCUGCUACCUGAUGUUGCUGGGCUGUUAAAAAUAAAGAUAGGAGACUGGGACUCCGGA